UAACAAAUUCAAAUAUAGCUGUGUGUAUUGUACGUAGUAUUAACACAGGUGCUGUUUGCGAGGAGGUGGAAAUAAAUAAUCAGUAAUGUUUUAAAUCGUAUAUCACAUAUUGGAUAUAUUUAUAUAACUAUGGCUAAAUUAACACAGACAUUAAAGUACACAUUUUAGAGGAGGAGGUGGAAAUAAUCUUAAUAAAUUAUGUUUAUCGUAUGUCACAUACUUGAAUUGGAUUGUACAUAGAUUCAUAUUUAACAGCUUGAGCUUAUGGAAAUAGCUACCAUAUGAUUAAAAGCGAAACAAUAUGAUGAUACAAACUUCAGUAUAUGUGUUUCACUUGCUCAGUAAAAGAUCAUCCUAUAGACUUUCAUGAUAAUUUGAAAACAACAAAACGUUAUGCUAGAAAUCUUUCUCCGUUUUCCAGACAAGGCAAGAUUUUUAAAGUGAAUAUAUAGAAGGAUAUUAAAGGUAGUGUAGGAAUUUCCGUGUAACCACUUUCUUUUUGUGCAUAUUGCCUCCUUUCAACCAGGUCAACCAGUGGUCUCGUGCCUAUUGUCUCAGGUCAGUCUGUGAUCUUGUGCCUAUUAUCUCAGGAUGAACGCCCUAUCUGCAAGGAAAAAACAGAUCAUCAAAAUUGUUGUCAUGGGACCAGGCGCUUCUGGAAAAACUGUGCUGUGCAAUAGGUUUGUGAAAAAGGAGUUUGUAAGCUGUCCAAGGGCAACUAUCGGAAGUGACUUUUACAUUGGUACAUUUGAGUUGGAUGGAGAGGAAUUUUCAGUUCAAUUUUGGGACACUCCUGGUCAAGAACGUUUUGAAACGUUUGACAAGGCGCUUUUUCGACGCGCAAACGGUGUUGUAUUUGUGUACGACGUAACAGAUGAAAACAAUUUCAAAGAAACUGUGCGUUGGAUGGAGUACUACAGAAAGAUAUUUGACGAAGAUACAUGUAUGAUAAUUGUUGGAAAUAAAAUUGAUUUGGGAGAAAAAAGAGAAGUGAGCACCCUUAGAGGUUACAAGCUUGCUUCGAAAUAUGGAGCCAAAUUCUUUGAAGUGAGUGCUAAAACUUAUGCCAGUGUCCAGGAAGCAAUAGAUAAUUUACUAAGAACUGUAGCAGCAAGGAUGCUUGGAAAAAAGGUCCCAGAAGAAAUAUUACACGACCCUUAUGCGCUAGCUAUCUAUGAGAAAGCUUUGCAAGCCGGUAAAGAAAAGGAUAAGUCCAUUCGGAUAAACAUAGUCGGUAACUUCAGACAAGGUAAAACAACAUUAAUGAGAAGGUUGUUGGGGCAAGAAAUCAGAGACAUUACAAGUACAAAUGGAAUAGUUGUGGAACAAUAUAGAUGCAAGGAAACUAACGAUGGGACAUUGCAUUACACCAAAGCAGACCACAUUGAUACUUCGGAAUAUGUCCAGCGUUUAGUUUCGGUUGCUGUAAGUGAUGGGCUUAUAGAAGAAGAAGCGCAAGUUAAGUGUUUGUUGCAACAAACUAUAACAGGCGCAGAAACCUCAAAAGAACCUAUGCAAACGACUAGUGAAGAUUUAGCCCAAAGUACAGUUACUAAAGCUAUAAUAAAUAAUUCAUUAAGCAAAAGUGAAACAAAAGAAGGUAAUCAGAAGAAAUCUUCAUUGUUAUCAAUAGAAGAAAAGGAUGUGUUUGCAAAAGCUCUGAAGACUAGUCAGCCAUCCUUACAAAAGGAAAAAGAGACUGUGUUUGAUAUUUGGGAUUUUGGUGGACAGUACAUUUUCUAUGCAACUCAUACAAUCUUUCACAGCAAAAGGGCAAUUUAUGUUUUGGUGUUUGACUUGUCAGUUGGCUUGAACCAAAUUGUCACUGAGGACCAGUUUCCAACAGAGUCGGAAAGUAGAGAUAUGAAAUAUUUCAUCAAUUUCUGGAUGAAUUCCAUUCAUUCGUUUGUUGGAUCCGAAGAUGGCUUAUUACCAAAGGUUAUCCUUGUAGGUACUCACAAAGACAAGCUGAAAGGAACGAAACACGAAAAAGAAAUAUAUAUCAGGAAGUACUUUGAAGAGAUCAGAGAAAUGUUUGAUGGAACAAGUUUGUCAAACCAUAUUCAUUUUGACGAUUUUGCUGUUGAUAAUACUAAUGCAAAAGAUACGUCGGUGAAAUCAUUGCGUGAAACAAUCAUAAGAAUUGGAGAUGAACAGUCAGAAACUUUUGAAAUACCACUGAAAUGGAUUCAGCUGGAGAAGUCAUUACUGGAAAGGAAACACCUAAAGCUUAUCUCAAUAAAGUUUGUCUUGGCAAUCGAUUUUGAGAAUGAAUUUCCUUUGAGUGAUAAGGAAGAAGUCAAAUUAUUUCUUCGUUACCAUCAUGCAAAAGGGUCAUUUGUUUAUUUUGAUGAAGAGCCAAUAUCAGAAUAUGUUGUGCUCGAUCCACAAUAUCUCAUAGAUGCAUUUAAAUGUAUACUCACAAGUGAACGUUUCUGCACAAAUGAACCAGAACUCCGCCCACUUUGGAGAAUGCUACUCACGGAGGGAAGACUUGAAAGACAAUUGAUUGACCGGCAGUGGGGAAAACCUGAAGACAAAUUCAAAAUGUACAGAGAAAACAAAGAAAUUCUAUUGUCAUUUCUUGUGAAACAUCACAUUAUAUCAGAAGCUGCAGCUUUUAAUGAAAACACACACAAGUCAACAGGACUAGGGUGGUUUGUUGUCCCCAGUCUCUUGGCAGAUCAGUCAUCGAGAACAGAAUUUCACAAAUUUCUCAGUGGAAAGCAACAGACAGACGUUCGUUAUGUGAUAUCGUUCGACUGUUCGUCAAUUGCACCUACCAUUUACCAUCGCUUGGUAUCAGCAGCAAUAGGUAAGUGGCCUAUAGCAAAAGCUGGCAAGAAAACGUUAAUUUACAAAGACACCUGUGUAGUUCGGUUGAACAUUGAUCAUGCUGGAAUAGCUGAGAUGAAAAAUAACAUGAUCGAGAUGACAGUAGUAAGUCUUUGUCCUUCAACAGGUAUAAACGGUGAACAAGCAGACAGUUUCCGGCGAUUUUCUGAAGCCGUAAUUACAAAUGAAUUUCAGAAAUUGCGGAGUGCCGAGGACAUCCACACAAAACCAUACACUAUUUGGUUUAGAUGUAAUCAUCAGAGUCAUGGCUUAAACGGUAGUGAAAAUUUAAAUGCAAUGAAGGAAAUGGAGAAUAGAAAAUGUGUUCCAUGUCCAGACUUAAUGACCCAUGAUGUCAACGUUGACAAGUCGAAGGAAGAGUGGUUUCAAGACAACAGGAAAAUAGUAGUUAUUCCAGACAACCAGUUGACUGACAUAUUGCUAGGCAACAUAUCACAGUGCAUCGGUAACAACUGGCAACUACUUGGUCUUGAACUAGGGCUAACACAUGUUCAGAUAGAACACAUUGUCGAAGACCAUCCACAUAGUGCAGUCAUGAGAAUAUACACAAUGCUUCAAACCUGGUGUCGGGAAGAUGAAGACAAGGCAACGCUGAGAGCUCUAGUUGAGACAGCGCACAGAUGUCCGCAAGUGAGCGUUGACUGGGACAAAUUGAGAAACAUCCUAGACAGAUUACAUUAAGAUAUCCUCACAAGAGCUUUGAUUAGCAUGAUUAGGGCAUAUUGAGAAAUGUCUUAGAUAAAUUGCAUUAAGAAUACCUUACGUGAGCACUGAGUAAAACAAACUAAAAGCUAUCAAAAAUAAUCGUAGUUAAGAUGUUCUUACGUUUCAAUUGGGUUGGAAAUAUUAAAACAUCCAAUAAACAGACUAAGUUAAGUCUGUACCAUAGCCCUCAUAAACUGAAUUUAGAUUACAGACGCGAGCGUUCAAUGUGAAAACUGAGAUACAUUGUAACUGUAUAAACUGAAUUUACGCUAUAAUUGUGACAAAUUAUUGAAAAAUUGUACGUAAGAAAGGAUUACCUUUGCUUCCUGAUGUUGGAAAGUGGUUGUUUCUUUCUAUUUUAUGCUUAGGGUGUCGAAGACCUUGAAGGAAUGCAGUCCGUCUGUUCAUCCAUCCUACAUGCAAUACGUUUGGUGAUGCAAAUCAACCUCUUUUGGAAAUAGUGUGUCAUAUAUUGGGAAAACAUUGAAAUAACGAUUAUUAUAUUUACAAAAAUAUGAUUGUUGUUAAAUUUCUUAAUAAUUAGUAUUCCUGUAGUCUGCCAUCUGAUAUUUACUGACAGUAAAAUAUAAGAUGUCCAUUACUUAAUUUUUGACUACAAACGAUAUGAUCAUCUAAAAGAGCGUGGUAUAUAUACAUCCGCUGGAAGCGUGAUUGAAGUUUCAAUUGUCUUUAUACCAGGAAUACUUAAAACACAACUUGAGGAGUUUUAGUUAUUUAAUUGCCAUCUUUGAUAUAUAUUUAUAUAUUUACUGCAAGUUGUACGGGUUCUUUAUUAGGCGUUACUUCUGUUUUUACUAGAAGUUAUGUAUAGUUAUUUAUGAUUUAUCUAUGAGCAGCGAUUAGUGUUUUGUAAUUUUGCAUUGAUUUUUUCGACAUUAAAGUCUAUGUAGAACUAUACUACUCACCCCGGUUUCGGCGUUUAAGUUUAAAUACUUCUGGCAUUUGAUUACUGGCGAUCAUGGAAGUUAAAGCAGACUUCGUCUUGACUGCCUCCUGAUCAACCAGAAAACUAUUUAGGCGUGCCCGGCUUUAUUGCGCUAUGGAAAUCGAUUAAAACAUUUUCUUAUUUUACGCAAAAUUACUUAAUUUUGGAAAUCAACAGUUCCACAUAAAUAUUAAAUUGCCAGAUGAGUAUACAAGUCUAUAACAAAUCCAAUCUCUGUUAUUCAGAAAACGUAAAAGUUCCUAUAUACGCUGUGUUUAAAAUGGUAUGGCUGAUGAUUGCAAUGUUGAAUUUAAUGCCAGAUGUUUCAAUGCAAACUGCAAAGAAUCAGCUCUUCCUAGUUACAUUGCAUUUGAUGUUAAACAAAAGAGAAAGCCCAGCGUUGCCUUAUGAGUAGAAAGCUCUAAUCAUGGCUGUAAUUUGACGAUUGUAACCUUCUUGUAAAUAAUUAAAUUUCAUAUUAUUGAAAA